AGCACAGGUCACUUCAGGCAUCAGGAUUUAGGAAAAUAAUAAUAACUCCUCCAGUUUAAGCACCACUUCCCAAUUCCUCUCAAAAAGGCCCUAACCCCCACACAAAUACAACACAACACAACACAACACAGAACUGCAACUACUUUCACUUUCACUUUCAGAUUCCCCUGAAACUUCAAUCUUGAAACCCUAUUUUAUUCUCCAUGAAAACCCACCUUUCUCCCUGAUCCACACUUGUAUUUUUUGUGGUGUCUAUAGGCUAGGCUAGGCUAGGGUUUGAUUCCAAUUCUCUCUCUGAAAAAUGUCCCUCCCUUCUAUAGAUUGUAUAUACGUCACGGAGGAACUUGUUCGCGAAUUGAAGAAUGGAAACCCUAGCUUCAAACUCUCCGAACCCGUCCCCAUGCUUCGCUUCCUCUACGAGCUUUGCUGGACCUUGGUUCGCGGCGAAUUGCCGUUUCAGAAGUGCAAAGCGGCGUUGGAAUCGGUGGAGUUCGUGGAUGGAUUGUCCCGCGAAGAGUUGGGUUCUUGUUUAGCUGAUAUUGUUACGCAAAUGGCUCAAGAUAUUGCAAUGCCUGGGGAGUACCGUUCUCGUCUCACUAAAUUGGCAAAAUGGAUGGCAGAUUCUGCACUGGUUCCUUUGAGGCUUUUCCAAGAGCGUUGUGAGGAAGAAUUUCUAUGGGAAGCUGAAAUGAUCAAGAUAAAGGCUCAGGACUUGAAGAACAAAGAGGUCAGAGUAAAUACUCGUCUUCUUUAUCAGCAAACAAAAUUUAACCUUCUUCGAGAAGAAAGUGAGGGCUAUGCCAAGCUGGUUACCCUUCUUUGCCGAGAUUCUGAAGCUUCAACUCAAAAUGUAUCAGCAGCAACAAUAGGCAUUAUUAAGUCAUUAAUUGGACAUUUCGAUCUAGACCCCAAUCGUGCGUUUGAUAUCGUUUUGGAGUGUUUUGAACUUCAGCCAGAUAAUAAGAUCUUUCUGGAACUGAUUCCAAUUUUUCCCAAGUCUCAUGCUUCACAGAUUCUUGGUUUUAAAUUUCAAUAUUAUCAGCGUAUGGAAGUAAAUAGUCCUGUACCAUUUGGGCUGUAUAAGCUUGCAGCUUUGCUGGUGAAGGAAGAGUUUAUUGAUCUUGAUAGCAUAUAUGCACAUUUACUUCCCAAGGAUGAUUAUGCAUUUGACCAUUAUAAUGAUUUUUGUGCCAAGCGACUUGAUGAGGCCAACAAGAUCGGGAAGAUAAAUCUUGCCGCUACUGGGAAAGAUUUAAUGGAUGAUGAGAAACAAGGAGAUGUGACAAUAGAUCUUUUUUCCGCGUUAGACAUGGAAACUGAGGCAGUUGUUGAACGAUUUCCAGAGCUUGAAAAUAACCAAACGUUAGGCUUGCUUACAGGAUUCCUUUGCGUCGAUGACUGGUACCAUGCACAUAUACUAUUUGGACGUCUCUCACCCCUUAAUCCAGUGGAACACAUUCAAAUUUGUAACAGCUUGUUUAGGCUUAUUGAAAAAUCAAUCUCUUCGGCAUAUGACAUUGUCCAUCAAGCACAUUUCCAAAGCUUUGGGUCUUCUUCAGGAGCCAGCAUCGAUGCUAUGGAUGUGGCAAAUUCAUCAGUUCGUGGGUCUUUUGUUGAUCUUCCUAGUGAGCUAUUUCAGAUGCUUUCUUGUGCUGGACCUUACCUAUACCGUGAUACUCUACUGCUUCAGAAGGUAUGUAGAGUGUUGAGAGGCUACUACUUGUCUGCUCUAGAGCAUGUAGGUAAUGGUGAUGGAGCACUGAAUCCUGAAAUUGUUAUUGGUGGGAAUCGAGAUCCCCGUCUGCACCUGAAACAAGCUAGGUCAAGGAUAGAGGAAGCCCUAGGAACAUGUCUACUUCCUUCUUUACAAUUGAUCCCUGCAAAUCCAGCAGUUGGCCAAGAGAUCUGGGAAGUAAUGAAUCUCCUUCCAUAUGAGGCGCGGUACCGUUUAUAUGGUGAAUGGGAAAAAGAUGAUGAACAGAUUCCUAUGGUUUUGUCUGCAAGGCAAACAGCCAAGUUGGACACUAGAAGAAUUUUGAAAAGGCUUGCAAAGGAAAAUUUAAAGCAACUGGGCCGGAUGGUUGCAAAACUAGCUCAUGCCAAUCCAAUGACGGUACUUAGAACAAUUGUUCAUCAGAUUGAGGCCUACAGGGAUAUGAUCACUCCUGUAGUAGAUGCAUUCAAGUAUUUGACACAGCUCGAGUAUGAUGUUUUGGAAUACGUUGUGAUUGAGCGUUUGGCACAAGGUGGGCGUGAUAAACUAAAGGAUGAUGGCCUAAAUUUGUCAGACUGGCUUCAAUCUUUGGCUUCAUUUUGGGGUCACCUGUGUAAGAAGUAUCCAUCCAUGGAAUUGAGGGGUCUUUUCCAGUAUCUUGUGAACCAGUUAAAGAAGGGGCAAGGAAUUGAGCUUCUUCUCUUGCAGGAGCUUAUUCAACAAAUGGCAAAUGUCCAGUAUACAGAGAACCUGACUGAAGAACAGCUGGAUGCCAUGGCGGGUAGUGAGACUCUCCGGUAUCAGGCGACUUCUUUUGGAGUAACUCGAAAUAACAAGGCAUUGAUCAAGUCCACUAACAGGCUACGGGACUCAUUGCUUCCAAAGGACGAACCAAAGCUGGCUGUUCCUCUUUUGUUACUUAUUGCUCAACAUCGUUCUUUGGUUGUCAUAAAUGCAGAUGCCCCUUAUAUAAAGAUGGUUAGUGAGCAGUUUGAUAGAUGCCAUGGCACUCUUCUUCAAUAUGUGGAAUUCCUUUGUAGUGCAUUGACACCAGCUUCAGCUUAUGCUCAAAUGAUUCCCUCACUUGAUGAUCUUGUCCAUCUUUACCACCUUGAUCCUGAGGUUGCUUUCUUAAUAUAUCGCCCUGUAAUGAGGCUCUUCAAGUGUCAGGGGAGUUCUGAUGUCUUCUGGCCUUUAGACGACAGUGAUGCUACCAAUAUUUCUACUACAAACUUGGAUUCUGAACCUACAGAAUACUCUGGCAAUGUUGUUCUGGAUCUUGGCUCCUCGAAGAAGCCUAUAAUUUGGUCUGAUCUUCUUGAUACCGUUAGAACCAUGUUGCCUUCAAAAGCCUGGAACAGCCUGUCCCCUGAUCUCUAUGCUACGUUUUGGGGGCUUACUCUCUAUGAUCUUUACGUUCCUAGAAAUCGAUAUGAGUCUGAAAUUUCCAAGCAGCAUGCUGCUCUUAAGGCUCUGGAAGAGCUUUCUGAUAAUUCAAGUUCAGCAAUCACCAAAAGGAAGAAAGACAAAGAAAGAAUUCAAGAAUCUUUAGAUCGCCUGACUAGUGAACUCCGUAAGCAUGAAGAAAAUGUUACAUCUGUUCGUAGACGGCUUUCUCAUGAAAAAGACAAGUGGUGGAGUUCCUGCCCUGAUACUUCGAAGAUCAACAUGGAGUUCCUUCAACGUUGUAUUUUUCCUCGCUGUACUUUCAGUAUGCCAGAUGCCGUCUAUUGUGCCAUGUUUGUGCACACUCUUCAUUCCCUCGGAACACCAUUUUUUAACACAGUGAACCACAUUGAUGUUCUGAUAUGUAAAACCUUACAACCUAUGAUAUGCUGCUGCACUGAAUACGAAGCGGGUAGACUUGGAAGGUUUCUGUGUGAGACACUAAAGAUUGCGUACUAUUGGAAGAGUGAUGAAUCUAUUUAUGAACGUGAGUGUGGAAACAUGCCAGGCUUUGCUGUGUAUUAUAGAUAUCCAAACAGCCAACGAGUUACAUAUGGCCAGUUUGUUAGGGUACAUUGGAAAUGGAGUCAAAGGAUAACGCGGUUAUUGAUUCAGUGCUUGGAAUCUACUGAGUACAUGGAAAUUCGAAAUGCUCUUAUAAUGUUGACAAGGAUUUCUACGGUCUUCCCUGUUACUCGAAAGACUGGUAUUAACCUUGAGAAGCGGGUAGCUAAGAUCAAAAGUGAUGAAAGAGAGGAUCUCAAGGUGUUGGCAACAGGUGUUGCUGCAGCUUUGGCUGCUAGAAAGCCUUCAUGGGUGACAGAUGAAGAAUUUGGCAAUGGCUAUCUUGAUAGCAAGCCUGCACCAUCACUUUCUUCAAAGUCUGCAUCUGGUAAUUCAGUACCUGCCCAAAGUAGCUCUGCCAUUAAACUUUCUCAAAGUGAACCUGCUGGGGGAAAAACAGUUGCCACAGCAACCCAACAUUCUGAUUCUGUGAAAGAUCAUAUAUUAAAAUCAAAACCAGCAGAUGGGAGGUUGGAAAGAACAGAAAGUGUUACAAUUGUGAAGCCUGAUCCUGGAAUUGUAAAACUAAAAGUUGGUUUGUUGGUUAAUGGGGCAGAUGCCCAGUCAUCCUUGCCCUCGGCUACUGUACAAUCCGGAUCAGGAACAUCAAGGUCAACUGAGAAUCCAAAACAAGUGGAUGAAUCCACAAGAACAUUGGAUGAAAACAUGGCUAAAGUUGCUCCAAAGAACUCUACAGAAUCUGAGUUGAGAACUACAGCAAAACGCUCAACCAUUGCUACAUCACUUACUAAGCCACCUAAACAAGAUCUUGCAAAAGAUGAUAGUAGAUCUGGAAAAGCUGUUGGCAAGACUUCUGGCCCUUCAAGUGGCGACAAGGAUCUUUCAACUCAUGCAUCAGAGGGUAGGCAGGUUGGGCCUACUAAUGCUUCCUCUGCAGUCACUGCAAAUGGUAACACAGUUUCAGCUUCAGUUAAAGGUUCAACUCCAUCUGCUAGAGCACCAUCAGAUAGUCAUGGUAAUGAAUUAAAGGCAGAGAGUGGAGCUUCCAAGUCUUCUGAUAUGAGGGUUUCUUCUGUAAAGGAAGAUGGAGCUGAAGUUUCUGAUGUACGGCCCCCUUCUCGUCUUGUUCAUUCUCCUAGGCAUGAUAAUUCUGCAAAUGCUUCAAAAUCUAGUGAUAAACUGCAAAAGAGAGCCAGUCCUGCUGAAGAACCUGAUAGACUAGGUAAACGCCGGAAAGGGGACUCUGAAACAAGAGAUUUAGAGGGUGAUGUUCGAUUUUCUGAUAGAGAGAGGUCUGUAGAUCAUGGAAUUGAGGAACAUAGGCCGACAGAUAAGCCUUUGGAUAGAUCAAAAGAUAAGAGCAAUGAGAGAUAUGACAGGGACUACAGGGAAAGAGUGGAUCGUCCUGAUAAGUCCCGUGGGGAUGAUGUUUUUGCUGAAAAAUCAAGAGAUAGGUCAAUUGAAAGAUAUGGAAGAGAGCGUUCAGUUGAGAGAGUUCAAGAGAGAGGUACUGAUAGGAGUUUUGAUAGACUCUCUGACAAAGCUAAGGAUGAUAGAAACAAAGAUGACAGAAGUAAAUUAAGGUACAAUGAUACAUCAGUAGAAAAAUCUCAUGUUGAUGAUAGGUUUCAUGGUCAAAACUUGCCUCCACCUCCACCCUUACCACCUAAUAUGGUUCCCCAAUCUGUCAAUACUGGUAGAAGAGAUGAAGAUGCGGAUAGAAGAUUUGGAGCCACUAGACAUACUCAAAGGCUAUCUCCAAGGCAUGAAGAGAAAGAACGGAGGCGAUCUGAAGAGAAUUCUGUAGUUUUGCAGGAGGAUGCAAAACGUAGAAGGGAUGACGAUCUUCGAGAGAGAAAGCGGGAGGAGCGGGAGGUGCUGUCAAUGAAGGCAGAGGAGAGGGAAAGAGAAAGAGAGAGGGAGAGGGAGAGGGAGAAAGCAAACCUUUUAAAAGAUGACAUGGAUGCGGGUGCAGCUUCUAAGAGGCGGAAACUCAAAAGGGAGCAUCUGCCAUCGGGUGAAGCAGGUGAGUAUUCGCCUGUGGCCCCACCUCCUCCUCCCCUUGGUGUUAGUGCACAAUCAUAUGAAGGAAGAGACAGGGGAGAACGAAAGGGAGCAAUGAUCCAGCGCGCAGGUUACUUGGAUGAACCAAAUCUAAGGAUUCAUGGUAAAGAAGUUGCUGGCAAAAUGACCCGUCGCGAAACGGAUCAAAUGUACGACCGCGAGUGGGAUGAUGAUAAGAGGAGAGUUGAACAAAAGCGGAGACAUCGAAAGUAAUUUUUGAAAGGCGUGAGUGGGGAUGAUGCAAAUGCUGAACAAAAGUAGAGGCAGGGAAAGUAAUUUUUGAAGAGUGAAACGCCCAAGUGCUCAUUUAAGGCUUCUUCAUUUCUUCCAGUUGAUAUUACCGAAUUUAUAUUUAUUGCAUCCUUGUUCUCUACUGGAUGGUUAUUUGUGCUAGAUAUUCUAUUUUAGUUACAAAAUUUUGUUGGCUCCAUGAAUUAAGAAUGGUAAUUAGUUCAUAUCAUAUGUAUAAUAUUGUAAAUAAAUGUAUUUUACCAAAUUUUAUUUCUUCAUGUUCCUACAGAGUAUUGCCAGAAAUGUAAAGAAACAGUUUUGAAUGACAUUUUGUCUUCAUGUUCA